CAGCAGAAGAAGAAGAAGAAGAAGAAGAAGAAGAAGGGCCUUCUCCAUGGCGGCUUCCAUGGUUCCAAUCAAAGCCCAAUGCUUCACCACCUCCAUGAACAACAACCUUCGCCUCUUUCUCUCCCCUUCCCCCCUCCAAUCCUUGCCUCCUUGCUCUCUCUCUCUGCCCCUUUUCUCCAACAAGAUUAGAAAUCCUAGAUGCGAGUUUGAUGUCAAGGGAAAUGGCGCUCUCUCUGGUGAUACUGACCCUCACCUUAUUGACCGGCAAAAAGCAUUAGAAGCUGCCAUGAAUGACAUUAAUAACUCUUUUGGGAAGGGAAGUGUUACUCGACUUGGCAGCGCUGGUGGUGCCUUAGUUGAGACUUUUCCAAGUGGUUGUUUGACACUGGACUUUGCUCUUGGUGGUGGUCUGCCCAAAGGAAGGAUUGUGGAGAUAUAUGGCCCAGAGAGUAGUGGAAAGACAACCUUGGCGCUACAUGCUAUAGCAGAAGUACAGAAGCUGGGCGGCAAUGCAAUGCUUGUUGAUGCAGAACAUGCUUUUGAUCCAGCAUACUCCCGGGCUUUGGGUGUGGAUGUGGAAAAUCUGAUUGUCUGCCAACCUGAUAAUGGGGAAAUGGCGUUAGAAGUUGCCGAUCGUAUGUGCAGAUCAGGAGCAAUUGAUCUCAUUUGUGUGGAUUCUGUCUCGGCUCUCACACCAAGAGCUGAAAUCGAAGGUGAAAUAGGGAUGCAACAAAUUGGUCUGCAAGCACGGCUAAUGAGUCAAGCAUUGCGGAAAAUGUCAGGAAAUGCAUCAAAAGCUGGUUGUACUCUUAUAUUCUUGAAUCAGAUUAGAUACAAGAUUGGAGUCUUUUAUGGGAAUCCUGAAGUCACCAGUGGUGGUAUCGCUUUGAAGUUCUUUGCAUCAGUCCGUCUUGAGAUACGUCCUAUUGGAAAAAUUAAAUCUGUGAAAGGUGAUGAAGAUAUUGGAGUAAAGGUUCGUGUAAGAGUGCAGAAAAGUAAAGUGUCAAGACCAUACAAACAAGCUGAAUUCGAGAUCAUUUUUGGAGAGGGAGUGAGCACACUGGGAUGCAUCUUGGAUUGUGCUGAGAUGCUGGAUAUUGUUGCCAAAAAGGGGUCAUGGUACAGCUACAAUGAUCAUAGGUUGGGACAAGGCAGAGAUAAGGCACUUCAAUUUCUGAGAGAAAAUCCUCUUAUUUGCAAUGAAGUAGAAAAGGCUGUUCGAUCGAUGAUGCUUGCCGGAGUGAAUCAUGUGAGCAGUGUAACUCUUGGUCAUUCGCCCACCAUCGAAGAAGACGAUCAAAUUUUGUAUGAGAGAUGACCAUACAUUUAGUUUAAUUUUUGCUCGUCCUCGCCAUGUUUUACAGCUGAAUUUCAUGAAACAAGUGUGACAAUUCAAACUAUGACUUUGUACAUUUGAUUUUCACCACUAAUAUUUAAUAUAUCAAUCAGCAAAUUACUAAAAACUCCUUGUAUAUUU